UUAAACUUUUCCGACUUAAAUCGAGACCGGGACUUGGGUUUUCGGUCAUCAAUUAAACCGGCAGAUCCUGGGUAAUAAACAGGACACCCAAUGGCCACUAUAUCCCCGGCACAUCUAUCCUAUCGGCAGAUCACUGUGAUCUGGGAGAUCUCCCCUCUGUAGCCAUUCGGUCAGUUUACCAGCAGCAGCCCUGUCGCCCUGGUGUAAAUACUGGCUCCACGCCCAGUGACCUGCUCCCACCUGCAGCGGGAUCCAGCCGAAUCCUCUGAGAAGCGACUGGGCUCCGUUCCUCCUCAAACCCACCGGAGUGAGAAUUCAUGGAUGGCUCUUUCGGCACGGACUGCAUUGCUCACUCCCUGGAGGUCGAGCAUUAAGGUGGCGCAGGAGACUGGAGACACUUGGAGAGGUGAAUCAGCUCAGAAUCUCUGUUUAAAGAGGAGGAAAGAAGAAGACAGAGGCAAAGAGAUACAAAUUUCUGUUUGUUUGGAUUUAUGAGAGAUUUAUGUGAUUAAUACAAUAUUGAAGACUCACAGGAUAGCUCUGAAGAAGAACGAUGAGAUCUCCCUCAUUGUUGAUCCUGCUUGUUGAUUGCAUUUUUGUACGUGCAGCUUUCUUAGAAGGGAACACUGACCCAUCGGACAUCUGUCAGAAAUGCAACUCUCACAACUUCUGCAACUGCUCAUCGGUGAAGCUAGAGAAUGUUCCACGUGUAGUGGAAAAUGUACUGGGGUUUGAUCUGUCUCAUAACAAGAUCUCACAGAUUAAGGACACUGAUUUCAUAACAUAUGUGAAACUCAAAAGACUUCUAUUGCAAUCAAAUCGAAUCCACUCUAUUUCGGAGCAGGCACUCCAGCAUAACACAGACCUGGAGUAUCUUGACUUAUCGAAUAAUCUUUUGACACACUUGUCACCGCAUUGGUUUGAACAUCUUUCCAAAUUACUAUACCUUAACAUUUUAGGAAAUAAUUACACAGAUUUGGGAUCGGGGAGAAUUUUCUCAAAUCUGACAAGACUCAGAUGGUUAGAAUUUGGCAGUCCUUCUCUUUCUGUUCUAAAGAAAGGUGACUUUGUAGGGGUUACACAUCUGGAUGAGUUUAUUGUAACAGCAGAGAAAUUACAGGUGUAUGAGAAAGGGAGCUUCAGUUCAUUCAGCAGUAUAAGUCAUGCUACCUUAAGUCUGCCUUACACAUUUCUGAAUAAACCAAGUCAGGCUCAGCAGAUUUUUGUUGAUUUAUCAGAAUUCACCACCCACAUGGAGCUAAGAAAUGUAGCAUUUCCGGAUAAAAAGGACAGUCAGCCAUUUUUACCAGUACAAAAUUCGUCACUGAGAAAAUUGAGUUUCAGAAAUACUUUUCUUACUGAAAAUACUGUAAUAAAUUUCCUAAAUUCAAUGAAAAACACAAAAGUAUCUGAACUGGUAGUAAAAGACAGUGAACUUUCAGGAGUUGGGCAAUGGUAUGGAAUAGACAACUUAAAAACUAAUUCUCUCGAUACAAUAUUAUUAAGUAAUAUAUCGAUUAAACACUUCUAUUUAUUUCAUGAUCUUUCAAAUAUUAGUGAUCUGUUUCAAUCCAUUAAAAACGCCACAUUUACAAAACUAACAAUGUUUCUGAUGCCCUGCACUGUAUCCAAAAAGUUAGAAAAUAUGGAGUACCUUGAUUUAACAGACAAUUUGUUAAGUGAUAGGAGUUUGGACGAAACUGUCUGUUCAGGAUCUUGGCGUUCACUACAUUAUCUUAUUCUGAGAAAGAAUCUUUUUCAAUCCCUGGCUAGAACAAGCACAAAAUUAACCACACUUCCUAAACUUAUCCAUUUAGAUUUGAGCCAGAACAGAUUCAGUGUCAUAAAGACUUCAUGCAAAUGGUCUGAAAAGCUACAACUUCUAAACCUUUCGAGCUGUGAUAUCAAAAAUAUAGAAGAAUGUGUCCCUCCAAAUGUUGAAGUGUUGGAUUUAAGUAACAAUAUUAUCAGCAGUUUUGCUGUUAAUCUUCCUUCUCUCAAAGAAUUAAAUCUGUCCAAUAAUAAGUUUAAAAGUUUACCAGGUGAUGGCUACUUACCAAAGAUGGAAAUUCUGAAGAUCAGCAGUAAUAAACUCACCUCUCUCUCAGCUGAAGAAAUCAAGACAUUUCAGAAGCUUCAAUUUUUAGAAGCUGGAAAGAAUAAUUAUAUUUGUUCAUGCGAAUUCCUGUUCUAUAUGAAUAAUGGCAAGACAGUGCAACUGUUGGACCGAGCGGAAGAUUACAUUUGUGAUUCACCUUUAUUCCUCAGGGGAAAGAUGGUACAAAAUACUAAGCGCUCUUUUUUUGACUGUCACAAAACAUUGUCCCUAGCCUUACUGUGUGUUGGCACAAUUUUGACAGUAGCCAUUGUUGUGGUGAUGUGUUACAAGUAUCACGUGUUCUGGUAUAUCCAAAUGACAUGGGCAUGGCUGAAGGCAAAGAGGAAACCAAAGAAAGUGAAGAAGAAUAAUAUUUGUUACGAUGCAUUUGUCUCUUAUAGUGAGAUGGAUUCAGAGUGGGUGGAAAACUUGCUGGUAAGUGAGUUAGAAAGUGCUCAUCCACCGCUGACACUCUGCCUUCAUAAGCGCGAUUUCAUCCCAGGCAAGUGGAUAAUUGACAACAUUAUUGAGUCCAUUGAGAAAAGUAGGAAAACCCUCUUUGUUUUGUCUCAACAUUUUGUCCAAAGUGAGUGGUGCAAGUACGAGCUUGACUAUACUCAUUUUCGUCUAUUUGAUGAAAAUGAUGAUUCAGCCAUCCUUGUUCUGUUGGAGAUGAUCCCAAAGGAAACCAUUCCUCAAAGAUUCUGCAAGCUGAGGAAACUGAUGAAUACAAAAACCUAUUUGGAAUGGCCUCAGGAUGAAGUGGAACAGCAAAUCUUCUGGUUUAAUUUAAGAAUCGCAUUACAAGGAGAUAACAUUACAAGUUUGUAAGUAUUUUCAAUAUAUUGUUGCAUUAAAAUAAAUCUAGUUAUGAAACGACAUUGCCUGAUCUAUCAACACAGUGAUCACACAACUUUUACCAACCAUCAAGUCAGUCAUGACCUGAUCAUAUCAACAAACUACUUUGAAGAGAACUCCCUUGGAAUUGAAAUAAAUGGCUACAUCUACUCCAAAGAACUUUUGCACCACAACUAAUGAAAUAAUUGUACAUACAGACAUUUAGAACUUUGACUUGCAAAGAUGAGAAUUGUAUUUGGCUUGAUCGGACUAAUGCAUGUUCUAAACCUAACCUACCACCGUCUCAAAUACACAUUGUUAAAUCUGCAACUUGGAUAUUUUGUCUAAGCAAUUUCUGGUUCUCACUGCAAUCAAGGGAAACUCUAGAGUACCUCUCCAUUCCAAAACACUUCAAUCCAAUCAUGACCAAACUCGCUGCUUCUAUCUUGUCCUCUGCAGAUCAGAAUCAUUGCAUCUGCUACAACUAUAAUUGCCAACAAGAAAACUGGAAAGAACAUGUCAGCAACUUCCCUCAAAAGGGCACUGAUUUAGAAAAAGAUGUGGCACCACUGACAUUAUACAUUAAAAGGUAGAGAUAUAAAGCAUUGCUUCAUCUGAAUGGAGGAGAUACAAGCCCCAACUAUGAUAACACCUGAAUGGGAAUGUUGCAGGCAUAAAAUUAGUUGUGCAUCUCUAAGUGAGUAGCCCAGGUUCGACAUUACACUUUAAAAUGAUACUUUGAUACUUGAAAUUAACAUGUUUUACUUUUAGAAGGAAAAACAAAGUGAUGAUUUUGAUUUCAAUCAAAUCACUGAUUAAGGAAUUACUUCAACAGUCACUCUCCAACAUUGAACUCUCAUGUCCUGAUUAUCAAAGACAAUCUAUUACCUCUAGACUCACAGAGGCUUUAACAUAACCUCUCCACGUAUCUAUUUACACCGCCCCCCUUCAAUGCCAUUGACUUAAUCAUUGCUCUGAUUUCAUUUUUCUCCUUUUGUCUUAGCUCCCUUCAUGUUGUUGUUUGCUCUAUUACCAAAUGCUACUCAUUCUACCUCCUCUUUCACAGCCAUUUGCUGUCCAUGCUGAUCUAUUUUCCCUUGUCAUGCAUUCUUGUCUUGUACCCCUUCCUUUGCUCGCCACUCAAAUUCUCUUCCUCCUUGUUCUCCGAAUGCAUUCUCACUUUUCCUGAUCUCUACCAAAGCACAGUCGCCAUUACAAUGCAUAGUCUUUCAUUUCAUCUUUUUAUUUGCCCCUGUUGCUGUGAGAUUCCAGUUCUUUCCAUGGCAAUCAAAAUCAUUAGCACUGAAAAUAAAAUGUGGCAGAGAAGCCUGAGAGGCAAUGAUAGUAAACCUAAAAUAACAAGCUAUGUUUACACCGUAUAUUUAAGAGGUAAAAUGUUAGAAGGCACUUAAGCUACUUCAAAAAAGAAUUGAGACCCAGCCAGAGAAGGUAGUCCAAAGAGGUAGUUUUUAUGGAAUAUCCUAAAGGAGGUAGAGAGGUGAAGAGAUUUAGAGAGGAAAGUCCAGAACUUAGCACUGAAGCAGAUGAAGGUAUAUUUUCCAAUGGUGGAGCAAUGACAAUUGGAGAGGUGCAGAAGGUCAGAAUGGGGGAUCUUAAAGGGUUGCAUUUCCAGAAGAGGUUAGAGAGUUCAGGAAGAGUGAAGCUGUGGAAAACUUGAAAAUAUGAAAACAAUUUUAGAGAAAAAAUUUAAAAGAUAUUUAAAGAAGAAUCUUUGUAACAAGCGACUUAACAAGAUAGAGAAAGUAAUCCAAGAAAAGUGCUUCCAGAUACAUUAAAGAACAGUAAUAAAUUGAAUAGAUUCAACAUUAGAUGAAGAUAAUUUAGAGUGGACCUAGAUGGUAAUUACAAGAUGAUCCAGGUUGUCAGGAAAGGUAUUGAGGCUGGACAUUAGACUUCUUUAAUUAACAUAGGACAUGGGGAAAUUUAACAGGAUCAAUAUUCUAGAAAGAAUAAAUCAACUGGGUUUAAAGAAAUUAUUUCUCAGCAAAAAAAGUAUGUAUUUAAAAAUAUAACAACAACCUUA